AUUGCAAUUGACCCCAAAUUAGAUAAAGUGCCCCGUCUCCAGCAGAAAGAGCAGAGCAAUAGGAGAAACAAUUGCGAACCGGCAGACGUCGAAACAAAGUUCGAAAAACUAUCAAAAAUGGUGUGCCUAGCGUGUUUGUUGCCCCUAUUCCUGGUCCCAAUCGUCAACUUGUUGCCCCUCCUCUUCGAUUUCAUCAUGGGGAAAAUAUAUAGGUUAUUCGGUUGGGAAUAUCGGAAGCCGGAAAGGGCACCUCCAGCUUGUCCUUACAAGCCUUCUGCCACCAAACCAAACAGCAAUUCGGUUGCCAAAGCAGACUCUGUUGCUCCAGAUAAUAUACAGAAACCAGCUCUGAUAGAUGAUAGCAAGAAAGAUUGAAGUUGGAUUUUUAAUGUGUAGUGCCCGAAAUAAACAGGUGUGUAAGCCUCUGAGAAGAAAGGUUUCAUAUCUCUUGAUGGAGAAUUGUAUCAGAUCUCUUUGGUGAAUAAAGGUUGCUGAGACUAGCAAAUGCUAUCUGUGUCAUUAAGGAUGAUUUUGGUUUUCUAGAUCGACAUUUAGUUGUUUGAAGAUAGUAUUUUCCUAUAACAAACUAUAUGUAUACACAGGCACUUCGAGAAAGGACUUGAGAUGUGGAAACUAUUCCUGUCUGCAGCAAACCAGGAAAAGUUUCUCGUUCCUAUUGAGCUGACGGCAGUAUGUGUUUGUGUAUGCCGCAUGAUAAUGUGGUCCGACUUGGGCCAGUAGAAUUUGUUUCCACCAGGAGCCACACAAAUUUGGCCUCAUGUUUUAUA